UCUAUGGCAGAGCAAAAGUAGAUGUAUUCUCGGAUUUGCAUAUUUACUAACGAAUGACUCCGGGUUUACACAAAUUUGUGAAAACCAAAACAAAAAAAGCAAUUUUCAGUGAAUAUAAAAGUUCACUUUGUGUGGUGAAUCUCAGCAGUUGUAAUCUCGUAUUGCAUGUAUUAAGUAUUAAAAUUGUGUUAAAACAGAAUUCAGUAUCUAAAACCAACAGAAGAGUCAUUACCACUCAAAAUGAGGCAAACGAUAUUUAUUUCAAUUUGUACCAUAACAAUUCUACAAAUGGCUACCGCCGGCACAACCGCACCAUCCUUGAGCGCUGCUCGUAAUGCGUUUGCAAUGGACACUUUUAAAGAAAUUGCGGUCAAUAACAAUGCAAAGAAUGUAAUCUAUUCACCUGCCUCAAUACAAGCAUGUAUGACCUUACCAUUCUUUGGUGCCGAGGGUCAAACUGCAACAGAAUUAAGAGAUACAUUACAUUUAGGAGCUGGAGACAAACAGUCGAUUGCACAAAACUAUGGUGACUUUAUAAAACGCGUCUUUAAAAGUUCAUCUGAUGGUCCCCAACUAACUAUGGCGAAUCGUAUAUAUGUUCAACAAGGAUUGGAAGUGAAGCCACAUUUUAAUGAAAUCGCAGCAAAGAAUUUCCAAUCUGGUGUGGAACAAGUGAAUUUUACUAAUUCUGGACCAACAGUCAAACAAAUCAACUCGUGGGUAGAACAACAAACGAAUAAUAAAAUUCAAAAUUUACUUUCGUCGGAUGCAGUAAAUGCACAAACAAGUUCCAUAUUGGUAAAUGCAAUAUAUUUCAAAGCUAAUUGGACCAAACAAUUUAGUGAAUCGUCUACGCAUAAAGCAGACUUCUCAUUAAAUUCUAGACAAAAGGUUCAAGUUGAUAUGAUGUUCAAUGAUGAUAACUAUAAAUAUGCGGAACUAUUCAAUUUAGAUGCGAAAGCUAUAGAGUUACCAUACAAAAAUUCAGAAAUCUCAAUGUUAAUUUUACUGCCAAAUAAAGUUGAUGGUCUUCAAGAAUUAGAGAAGAAAGUAUCCGCUAUUGAUUUAAAUCAAAUUACAAGUGAAAUGACUUCAAAGAGUGUUGAACUGUUUCUACCCAAAUUUAAAAUCGAAUUUGACAUUGAUCUCAAGCAGUCAUUACAAAAUCUUGGUAUUAAAACUGCAUUUUCUGAUAAUGCUGACCUUAGUGGCAUAUUUACUACGAGUGUUCCACAAAAAAUUUCAGAUGUUAAACAUAAAGCAUUUAUUGAUGUCAAUGAAGCAGGUUCAGAAGCUGCAGCAGCUACAUAUAUUAAAAUUGUGCCUAUGAGUUUAAAUUUGAAUCAGAAAACUUUCGUUGCUGAUCGUCCAUUCGCUUUUUGGAUACGUAGCAACGACGCUGUUUAUUUUGCGGGUCAUGUUGUUUCACCCUGCAAAAUUAAUUUAUACUUUAUAAUGGGAAGCGUACAGUUCCAAAGUGGAUUAUUUAUUUUCUUCAUAAUUGGCUUAUUCUCAACUUUAACUAUCAGUCUUCCACUUCACCACGACAAUCGCACUGCUUUUGCUAUGGAAAUUUUUAGUACCGCAGUACUUGAACGUACCAACAGAAAUGUUAUUAUAUCUCCAACCUCACUUGAAACGUGUCUUGGACUUGCAUACUUUGGAGCUAAUGGAAAAACCGCUGAAGAAAUGCAUGAAGGACUAAAAUUAACUACGAAUGACAAAAAGAUCAUAAGUCAACACUAUCGAAACCUUAUACAAAGUAGACUACAAAGCCCAUCAAAUGGUCCAGCACUUAAAAUAGUGAAUCGUAUUUAUGCAAAUGAGACCCUGGAAAUUAAAAGUGAGUUCAAUGAGAUUGCCUUAAACUAUUUUCAAGCCGCAGUGGAGAGAGUGCGUUUUGCCGAUUCUGCAAAUACGGUUGUAAGGAUCAAUAAUUGGAUUGAACAGGAAACGGAAAAUAAAAUUAAAAAUUUGUUAAGAAGUGACGAAGUAAAUCAAAACACUACUGCAAUACUAGUAAAUGCUAUAUACUUUAAGGGAAAAUGGGCAAAUCCUUUUACGAGAUUUACAACACAAAAAAAGAAUUUCUCCAUUAAUACAGAAGAGAUUGUGCUCGUUGAUAUGAUGUAUAAUGGUGAUAGAUUUAAGUAUGCUGAAUUAAUGGAUCUUGACGCAAAAGCUUUAGAAUUGCCUUAUAAUAACUCAGACGUAUCUAUGCUGUUUUUAUUGCCUCAUCGUAUCGAUGGUUUAGCAGAAUUGGAACGGAAAUUAACUGGUAUUGACUUUGGAGAAAUUGCAGCGCAAAUGAAGUGGGAAAGCGUGGAUUUAAGUUUACCUAGAUUUAGAAUAGAAUUUAGUAUUGAUCUUAAAGAUACACUUAAGAGGUUAGGUAUGGUUAGCAUGUUUAAUAAGGAUGCUGAUUUUAGUAAUCUGUAUAAAUCGAAUACGUCAUCCAAAAUUUCACAAGUAAAACAGAAAGUCUUCUUGGAUGUUAAUGAAGCCGGCUCUGAGGCAGCAGCUGCUACAUUUGUCAAAUUUUAUUAUAAGAGCUUCAAUCCCGAUCAUAAAAUCUUUCAAGUCAAUCAUCCAUUUGUGUUUAUUAUACGCUCCCCGGAAACAAUAUAUUUUUUUGGUCAUGUGGUACAGAUUUAGGUACUGUAUCCAAAGGUUACAGUAAAAUGUGUUAUUUUAUUAUUG